AUGUUUUUUAGAUGCUUUAGAUCAGUUCCACUAAACAAUGAAGUGACAUUUGGAGACAUGUUAAAGAAAACUGCUUGUCUAAAAAUUCCUAUCAAGGAAGUGUAUGCUGCCACCAACCAUCUUAAUGAAAUGAAUGUCAUUGGGGAAGGAACUUCAGGUAAGGUCUAUAAAGGCACAAUGAAAAAUAAUGAGCAAGUUGCAGUGAAGCAUAUAAUCAAUGAUGAUGGAAAUAUAGAAACUUUUGUUAGAGAAGUUACAAGCCUAUCUCAUGUCAAGCAUCAAAAUCUUGUUUCUUUGCUUGGUUGUUGUGUUGAGGGAGAUGAAUGUUUUAUAAUCUAUGAAAUAUGUCCUAAUGGGAGUCUUUCAGAAUGGUUAUUUGGGAAGAAGAACAAGGUGCUUUCAUGGAUAAAGAGACUAGAAAUUGCAAUUGAUAGUGCUAGAGGUCUUUGGUUUUUGCAUACAUAUCAAGGAGGAUGCAUUGUUCACCGUGACAUCAAGCCAACAAAUAUCCUUAUUGGGUCAAAUUUUGAGGCAAAACUAUCAGAUUUUGGAUUGUCUAAAGUAAUAGAGGUAGGUGAAACAUAUGCUAUUUCAGAAGUUAGAGGAAGUUUUGGAUAUGUGGAUCCUCAGUAUCAAAGCAACAACCAUGUGAAUUCAUCUGGUGAUGUUUAUAGCUUUGGCAUGGUACUUCUACAAAUCAUCUCUGGAAAAAGGGUCAUAAAUUUGAAACUGAAGAAACCAAUGUCACUUAAUAAAAUGGCAAAAUCCCUCUCUAGGAAUGGUAGCAUUGCAGAAUUUGCUGACCCUAGACUUGAAGGAGAGUAUUCUGAGGAAGCAUUUGAUUUAACACUUCACUUGGCUUUAUCAUGCACAGCCCUUAACCAACAAAGACCAUCUAUGGAACAAGUUGUUAAAAGACUAGAAGAGGCCUUAUUCAUUUCUAGGGAGAGGAAUAUUUUUACUAAAUAAAUUCCACAAGACCAUAUUCAUUCUUAAUGGUUCAUCAAAUAGUAAUUAUCAUUUUUAUAAUCAUUGUUUGGCAAUUGGUUACAAUAAUAGGACUGCUUUGUAAAUGAUUUGAAAACUUUUUUUUGUUAAGCACUAA